GGGGCAAACAUAUUGUGCAUAUUGGCUUUGUUAUUGUGUAGCCCAAGACACGGUUAGUGGACCCCGCAGCUUUCUUUUCGUGGCCGCACACGGCCGAGUAUGGACACUAGUAGUUGGACGGAAUGUUAAAUCGGUCACGAUGAAUCUGCAGUCCUUGUUUCAGGAUUUCAAUCCGAGUAAAUUUGUGGUCCACUGUUGCCUGUUCACGUUCACCAUUUUGUUCUGCCUCCGCUUGGACGACUAUAUCGAUUGGCCGUACUGGGUGGUGUUUGUGCCGCUAUGGGUGUGGAAAUCCAUUGCCACGCUGGGCGCCAUCGUGGGCGCUAUUGUGUGGUGUCGAUAUCCGCACUACAGGGUGGAAGGUGAUUCGUAUUCGCACUUCAAGGCGAUGCUAAUAUCGCUGUCGCUGCACCUGAUCCUGCUGAUGUUUGAGCUGCUGGCCUGCGAUCGGCUCACUUCCGGGCGCCACCUUUGGGUGCUCGUGUUCAUCCCGCUCAUCUUCGGCAGCGCGGCCAGUGUGGGGGCCUGUGUGUGGGCCGUCAAGCACGACCGAUCGUUCGAGCUGGAACUGUUCUGUGCCGUCAACGCGCUGCAGUUUGUGUUUUUGCCCCUCAAACUGGACGGGCUGGUGUCGUGGAGCUGGGAGGUCGUCUUCGUGCCACUGUGGAUCGUGCUGUGCCUGAGCCUGGUCGCCGUCCUGUACAGCAUCAUCUUCUGCGUCAUCCUGCUGCGCACGCCGGAGGUGUCGGCGCAACAGAAAAAGUCCGCCUUCAACUCGGCCAUCGGCAACUGUGCCACCGUCAUUCCCGUGCUCAUCUUCCAGGUACUGUUGGCCGACAAGCUCGACGAGGAUCUCAACGUGCCGUACAUAGUCGUGGCCGGACCGCUGCUGGUGGCCCUGUUCACACUGAUUCUGCUCAGCUUCAAUGCCAAAGGUGGUAACAAGUGGUGGUUCGGGAUACGGAAAAACUUUAGCCAGUUCUUGCUGGGCGUGCUGCCUUGCCUGCAGGAGUACGGCAACAUAUCAUAUCACACGGAAAACGGGCAAACCGUCCCGCUGGACAGUGCCCACGUGCAGCUGGAUGAGUUCGAGAAGUACGACAAGAAGAGCAAAAAGGCGCUGACGAAAAAGAACGAUCACCUUAAACCGGUGGUCCCGAUCGUCAGCAUAGAACUGCCCGAUUAGGAGCGGACGAGGAGCGUAGCCCUUUUUUGCGUUAGGCACACACACCGUUCUUGUUACUUGAUUGCCCGGUGGUUCUCUUCCCUUACACACGCACAGUUCGGUUAACUGUGCGCUCGAGAAGUUGGAUUUGUUGCUCCUUUACUCUUACGAAACAAUAACGAUAGUUUUAGUUGAAUUUUUAGUACCCAACAGUACAGUGUGCUGCGUCGGAUGCGGCGAACGGUACAAAACGAAAACUCUCGCCAGGCGCUCCGGGCGAGGGAUGAUGACAAUAUUUGAAUUUAUUAGAGGUUGCCGGCACCGAUCGAUUAUCGAGGACUUAGCUUUAGGACUAACUUACAUUCAUUCUGUAACCCCGCCACGGCGGGGGGAUUUGUGCCGCUCGGUGUAUCGGUGAUCGGUAAGGAAAUAUUGGAUUGCUUAGUGAAUCGAAGUCGGCUUGAAUGCUUGAAAAAGGUUGAAAAUAUUGUUGUACAAGGCAUAGCGCGCAUUAUUCGGUUCAGUUGUAAAUAGGACACCGUUUGUUAGGCAAUUUGUGGCGUCUUUAAUAAAACGGAACUACAUGAAGAUAG